GGGAGCUGACAUAAGCAUGAAUGUGUUCGUUGCAUUUUCAGUGUCACGGUCGACUGCAAUAAUCACGCAUACGAGCGACGACAACGACGACAAGCUGUUCAUCGGCGACUACGACGGCGACUACGGAAGCUUCAGGAUUCUGUCAUGAAUAAAAAUCCUUUCAUACCGCAACCGACAUACAACCCACCGCAACCACCACUUCCUCCAGGACCACCGCCUGCUGCACCUCCAGAUUAUUCCGCUUAUUGGGUAGCGGCAGCCCAGCAGCAGCAACAGCAGCAACAAGCGACUACAGCCUACACUCCAGCAUGGUCUGCUCCUCAGCAGCCUCCAAGACCGCCCCCUGAACAAAGUGCUUUGUAUGCAAAUUACGGCUAUGGUGGUCAGGGCAUGCACUGGCAGCAGAGACAUAGUCAUCCUCAACAACAGUAUCAACCACCACCGCCUGUGGUCCAACCACCGCCACCUCCACCUCAACAACAGUACAAUCCGUAUCAACCGUCCGUUGGCUAUCAGCAACCGUAUGUCCCUCAACCCCAACAGCCAAUCGUAACCCAACAACAGCCUGCGUACCCGCAUGUGACACAAACAAUGGCCCCUCCGCAACAGUAUUUUCCUCAACAACAGCCACAACCCCAGCAGCAGCCUCGACAUAAUCAUGGUCUUCAUCACACCCCACCCCAACAUCUUCCCCCUGCCAAACGCCAACGGUUUGAUGGCCCGAACCAACAUCACGGUCAGAAUCGACAACUUGGACCACCCCCUCCUCAGCCUCAGUUUCAACCACCUCCUGCGCCGCCGGGGAAUGUCGGGAUUUACCCCCAGAACCAAGGUCAGGGUCAAGGGCAGCCUGGUGCCAAUCAGAUGCCCCUAGGUGGAAACAGAGGUGGUAUUGGUGGAAGAGGAGGCAAUAUGAACUCCGGAAGAGGUAGAGGUGCAGUUAUGAGCGGAAAUAGGGGAGGGUUAACCGGACAACGUGGCGGCAGAGGUGGCGGCAUGUUCGUGAAUAAUGGCAGCGGACGAGGUGGCGUCGCUGCUCAACAAAAUUCUCUACGUGGACACGGCUCGAGAGGAGGCUUUAACAAGGACUUUCACAAUCGUAGAGGAGGUGGGUCGUUCAAUGCCGGACAUCAGCACCAUCAAAACAAUGCUGCGUUCCGUGGACGAGGACAAGGACACGCUUCAGGUCGUGCAGGCCGUCAGGAUGGUAGUACAAAUUUUGGAAACCGUGAUGCAUCGCAAUUUGCAAGCAGCGGUAAGAAGGACGAAAAUCGGCGCACGCUCACUGACUUUAAAAUUGUGGGCCUCGAGAUGCCUGAACUUGGAUGGACAUGGGGAGUGCUACCAUCACCUAUCAAAGCUGAAGAAAAAGAGGUCGCUGCUUCUCUUUUGGAAUCCUCACAAGAGCAAGUUAAGGAUGAAGACAUGCAUGCUAGUGCCGCAACAUCAGAACCCGCACUGACAGACGCGGCAGAUACGAAGCCAGAUACUUCCUAUCAGGAGCAGUCGUCCUCGUUGACGACGCCUCCACCCUCUCGCAUCCGCAUUUAUUUUCACACUCCUGUUUCUCCUGAUGACUCGCAUCCAAUUCCGCACAAUGCUUCGUAUAUUGCACCUCCAGACAUGCGUAAAGGCAAGCGCAAGAAGCUUGAGGAUGAUGAUGGCGAUGCAGAGGAAGGUCGAGAAAGACCGCCUCCUCCUCGCAGCAGCCAGGUGGACGAUAACACCAGUGUUGACUUGGAUGGAGUGGGCCGCGGAAGCGCAGCGCCCAGUGUGGCAGAAACUGCCAGUGAAGGUGAUUGGCUCAUGGCCGCUAUCGCUGAGGAUGAAGGCGACGUAGGCGCCGAUGCCGACGCAGUUACUACCGUUGAUGACAUGGAUGAAGAGGAGAGCCAUGCUGCAAGUGUUCUCCAUUUCGUUCCUGCUACAAAUACUUUUCUCAAUGGGAAUGGUGAGUUGAACCUUGCUUAUUUUUCGCUUUGGGUGGAUGCUUUCGAGCUUGGGGGGAGCGUCCAUUCGUGGCUCAAGGCUGUUGUACACACUAACAUAUAUCUUAAAGGCUCCCAUAGUACUGAGAUGGACGGAAUUGCCUCUUCAGGAGGUGUUCAUGAGCAGUCUGAUGGCUCACAUACCGGGGACAAUCAUGAUGCUGUCCCGGAUGUUGAAGGGGUCAAGCCAUCAGCGUCCUCAGAUGUCGCUGCUGUUGACCUUGGUGUAAACCAUGGUAGUGCUGCUGCGACACAGCCGAACGUGGACAUAUUGGUUUCUGCACCUGAAGAGGGUGGCGAUGCUUCGCCAACCACCCAGCCUGUUGAUGAUGAAAAUGUUGAUAGGCUCUUUGAUGCAUCGGCUACUCUAGCUGAUCCUUCUCAUGCUAUUUAUUUGAGCUCUUCCUUUGACACGAGUUCUUCUACUGGUCGUAGUUCUCCUCCUGUAGUUCAGUCUGAUAUGCCUCAUAGCGAGAAACAGUCUACUGAUGAUGCUGGAUACCUUGAUACGCAGAUAUCCGACACGCAGACUUCCGACCCGAAGCCCCUUCAAGCAGAGGCGUCACUCGCGUCAACAAUUCUCGACGAGGAUAUGGGCGUUGGCACAUACUCAGAAGAGCAAGUUGUUCUAGAGCUUACCGGCGAAAUUCCGGUCGAACACGAAGAAGUCGCUAUGCACACCAAAGUUGCCAACGAGUCUGCGGACCAAGAACACCUUCCUGAGCCCCCUGCCUCUCCUACUUCAAAUACAUUGCUGUCAACCUCUUCUGGUUCAACAUAUGGCGAACCGUCGCACCCUCCAGCUAGUACGGUAGUCUCGAAAGGUGGCCGAGUGCCAUCUGCAAACCGCCUGUCGAUAUCAUAUGCUGCUGGUAGCAGGCGUUUGGUCGUAGACGCAGAGGUGGUCGAAUACUUGAAGGUUUACAGAUCUGAAGGUCGAAUUGAAGUCCACAUAUCCCUCGAUAAAGGUAGCGAUGAUGGCCUGAAGGGCGUUUUGAUCGAAGGACUUUCUGAUGCGACAAAAUCAUAUUCUCCUUUACCGACGUUAUCUGAAGCGUCCAGCACUGACGAGACCCUACCUUCCUUCUCGAAGGCUACGCUACCUUCAAAGAUCACUUUAAUGGUCCAUCUUGAUACUGAGCGCCCAUUGUCGGAACCUAAGUGGGUUAAAUCGGGCGAUGUCCAGGAGUGGCUAAAGAGCAUGUUUGGAAGAAUGUUCUGGGUAGCAGGAGAUGCUGCUGAUGGGUGGGAAAAAAAGAUCGCAGUUGUAGAUCCUGACCCAGCUCCGACGAUCUGGACAGUGCUGGAUGGGUGGGCAGUCAACUCCCCUGUUGGUGUUCCCACAGAACGACAGCGCUUCGUGAAGACACAUUUGACUGAGGUAGAUAACAUGAUGGAGAUUCUUCUCAGGUUGGUCAGAGGCGAGCGCGCCACCCCCUUUUCCCAAUCUACGCCUGCAAUAUCGGCUCCGAGCGUGUCAGGCCCACUUUUGGCUGCUCUUUCACAGUCUUCAUCGCACGGUGCCCAGCAGACGCAUGUAUCGUUGGCGGUGCUAGCGUUGUUCCACAUGUCGGUGGACUUUGCGCGGAAGGCUUCUGGUGAGAAGGGAAAGGCAGAGGCAGAGGAAAAGAUGAGUGAGAUAAUUCGAUGUCUGCCAUCCCACCUAUUAUACAAGAGUCUGGACGGAAUGUUCAAGGAAUGGAGAGCGGACAAGAAGGGAAGCCGUUGACAGUGAAUAGAUAUCGCCUUUUGCGCUUUCUUUAUUUUGUACCGAGCGUUAAGUUAAAGUUGUUACAAGGGUACAUUUAUAUUUUGUCACGAAGCGUGACACCCCACGGCUCAGCUUAAAGCAUUGACAACAUGAGGACGUUACGGCAGGGUUUUCUGCAGGUUGUUAUCUCCCU